AUGGAAGACAAAAAACACUGCACAUUAACAUUUAAUGACUGGUGUAAAAAAAAAGAAAAAGAGGACGAUGGUUUGAAUACAGGUUAUAUUAAUAAAUAUAACGAAAUAUAUUUUAAUAAAGAUGGGAAACACAAUAUAUAUGAAAAUAUCAAUGAAAGGCCAAUAAUAAAUUUAGAAGGAGAUCAACCCGUUUUUAGUGUACCUGUAUACCAAGAUAAAUAUAUUCGAGAUAAAAUAGUAGAAUGUGUAAAUUACGAAAUUCAAGAUGUUGUACAGCCUACCUUUUAUUCUCAAGAAACUAAACAUGAUGUACCUACUGUAGAAUUAUUAUAUAAAGAAAAAAAAGUGAAUAUACCUCAAGAGAAAAUAAUAGAAAAACCUGUAGAAGUAGAUAUGCCUAUAGGAUAUACACCUGUCUUUUCUCCGACUUGGGAUGUUAGAGAGAUUCCUCGUGUUAUUCCAAAAUAUGAAGGAGAACAAAAAAUUAUACAAGUAGAAAUUCCUCAAAUUAAAUAUGUUGAUAAAUUUGUUGAAAAGGAAAUUAUAGUUGAUAUAAAAGAAAAAAUUAUACCAAGAAUUAAUGAAGUUGAAAAAGAAAUUGAUGUCGUAAAAUAUAAAUGGAAAGAAAAAUAUCAGGAUGUACCUGUAUGUAAAUAUGUUCCCAAAAUUGAUGUAGAACUUGAUUGUCCUCCACCUUUAAUAGUUCCAUAUCCCGCUGUACAUUUUCAUAAUACAUCUGAAGUUAUGAAUCCUCAUCAAAAAGCUCUAGAUAUUCCUUCUGAGGUGUUGUUAAAAAAUAGUAAUAUUUUUGGUUAUGACAUUAAUAUGAAUGGUAAUCAUUGUAAUAUAUAUAAUGAUAGUAAUAUGCAUAAUAAUAAUAAUAAUAAUAAUAAUAAUAUAUAUAAUACUAGUAAUAAUUAUAAUGGUAUGUCCAAUUUUCAUGUGGACGAAUCUGUAAAGAAAUCACUUUUAGAUGUAGCAAGAUUAACAGGUGUACAAAAAGAUAAUGAUGCGCAAUACAAUGAAUUUAUGAAAAACAAAAAUUUAGAAAGAAGAAAAAAAAAAAAAAAUUGGCCUUUUUGUUAUUUUAAGAAAGAUACUAUCAAAGAAAAUGAUGAAAUGUACAAUGGUCAAAACUACUCAAAUUAUCAAAAUAACUGUUGUAAUAAUUAUAAAGGAGAAGAUGAAAAUAAUUAUGAUAUAGAUCCAAAUACAGGAUAUCCUAAAUCUAUGCCUAAAGAUUUCGCAUCAUUUUUUAAACAAGAUUUAAAUAGUGUCAAGAAACAGCUGGAAAAAAAGACAAAUACAAAAUCUAGCUAUUCUAGUGAUUUUAUAGAGAAAAGUCCAGUGAACCCAUCUAUAGAAUAUUUAGGUAAGGUUGAUAAACCACCAAUAGAUGCAGGAAAAUUGGAUUCUAUAUCAUUUAAAUUGCAUGCAAUUGAAGUGCAUCAAUUUAUACCUGUACCAAGUUUACCAAAACCAAGAUUUCUUGAUUUAGUACCAUCUCAACAAUAUGAACAAAAUGAUAUAUCAUCUUUACAAAAUGUAUUUGGGCAAGUACCAGAAGGAUGGGUAGAUCCACAAAUUACUGGAUUCAUAGCACCCAUGAUGAAUGAUGUAUUACAUGGAAAUAUACAACCACAAAGUCCUUUGUUUAAUAAUUUAAGUACUGAAGGUGAUGAUUCCUCAUCAAAAAAUAGAAGAACUCUUGGUAUAAAUGCACCUUCAAACAUACACAAUAAUAAUGAUAGUAAUGUGUUUAGUUUCGAUCAUGAUAAUUAUCACAAUGAAGGGGGCGAAGGGUCCUUUGAUCAAGCAUAUUAUGACGAAUAUACAAAUGAAAAAUAUGAUAAUGAGGAAAAUGAAUAUCAUACAGAAUAUAUUGAAAAUAAUAAUGAUGAGGAUACAAAUGGUUACAUAAAAUCUCCUAACGAUCUUACAUAUAAUACAGAUUCGUCUAUAAAUGAAGGCAAGCAAAAUGAACAUAUUAAUUAA